UUUCCAGUAGACUCUAUGGAGAAGAAUAGAGAGGUGGUUUUCAGCUGUGAAGCUCAAGGUCACCCUCUUCCUUUUUACAGGUGGAAGCUAAAUGGCACUUUGAUCAAUCCUAAACCCGGCUCCCACCACAGCCUCUCUGGCGGCAACCUUCGCAUCACCCAUCUCAACAAAGACGAAGAUGCUGGGACCUACCAGUGCCUUGCUUCCAACUCCUUCGGGACUAUCGUCAGCAGGGAGGCCAGCCUAACCUUUGCCUACUUGGAAAACUUCAAAACACACAGGCGGAAUUCCGUCUCUGUUCGGGAAGGACAAGGAGUGGUACUUCUGUGUGGUCCACCCCCUCACUCGGGAGCUUUAACGUUCUCUUGGAUUUUCAACGAGUACCCAUCCUUUGUGAAGCAGGAUUUGCGUCGAUUUGUGUCCCAGGAGACAGGGAAUCUAUAUAUUGCUAAAGUGGAGCCAUCUGAUGUGGGCAACUACACCUGCGUCGUGACCAAUACUGUCACCAACACACGAGUCGAAGGCCCGCCCACUCCUCUCAUAUUGCGCACUGAUGGUGUUAUGGGAGAAUAUGAGCCUAAGAUUGAGGUGCAGUUUCCAGAGGUCGUUCAGGUGGCCAAAGGUUCAACUGUGCGCCUAGAGUGCUUUGCAUUGGGGAAUCCAGUACCUUCCAUAAGUUGGCGUCGAGUGGAUGGAGUGCCCUUCUCUCGCAAAGUGGACAUACGGAAAACAAGCGGCGUCAUGGAAAUCCCUUACUUUCAGCAAGAGGACGCAGGGACAUAUGAGUGUGUGGCAGAGAACACAAAAGGGAGGAACUCUGUGCAAGGAAAGCUGUCUUUCUUUGCCUCUCCCCAGCUAAUUGAGAAGCCCCAUGAUGUGCAGAAGGCCAUAGAUGACUCUCUGCUUUGGGAAUGCAAAGCCACAGGGAAGCCCAAACCCUCCUACAGGUGGAUGAAGAAUGGAGAGAAUGUGGAGCCCACUGAGAGGGUGCAGGUCAUGAAUGGCGCCCUAUCAAUAACUCGCUUGGCGAUGUCUGACAUCGGAAUGUACCAGUGUGUGGCUGGGAACAAGUACGGGGAAGUGUACUCCAAUGCUGAACUCAAAGUAAUCGCUGUCGCUCCUGAUUUCUCCCAAAACCAGCUGAAGAGCCACGCUCUGGUAAAGGAAGGUGGCGAUGUUCUGAUUGAAUGCAAGCCCAAGAUGUCUCCUAGAGGCACCAUCUCCUGGCGUAAAGGCAACGACGGCCUCCGAGAAAGCAGCAGAAUUGCUGUAAUGGAGAGUGGAAGUCUUCGAAUAUCCAAUGCCACCAAAGCAGAUGCUGGCACAUACACGUGUGUUGCCCGCAACCAGUUUGGGAUGGCCAGCAGCUCAGGAAAUCUGCUUGUUAAAGAACCAACAAUAAUUACAACCACUCCGUCUACACUGGAUGUGACUGUCGGUGAGAGCAUUAUUCUUCCUUGUCAAGUGUCCUACGACCCUUCGCUGGAACUCAAGUUUACAUGGUUCUUCAAUGAGCAACUCAUCCACUUCGGCAGUCAUGGAGGAUACUUUGAAAAAGUUGGCGGACAACACUCAGCAGGUGACAUCAUGAUCCGUAACAUUCAGCUGAGGCAUGCUGGGAAGUACACAUGCGCUGUACAGACCAAGGUGGACAGCAGCUCUAUUGCAACCGACCUGAUUGUCAGAGGUCCCCCUGGCCCCCCUACCAGCAUCCAUGUGGAAGAAAUCACAGAUACCACCGCCACUCUCUCCUGGAGGCCUGGUCCUGAAAAUCACAGUCCAAUUACUGCCUACACCAUCCAGGCUAGAACCCCUUUCUCCCUUGGCUGGCAAGCUGUUAGUACAGUACCGGAGGUGGUGGGAGGAACACAUCUGACUGCUACAGUAAUAGAGAUUAACCCCUGGGUGGAAUACGAGUUCAGAGUGUUGGCAAGCAAUUCAGUAGGCACAGGAGAGCCCAGCAAACCCUCUAAAAAAGCAAGGACCAAAGAAACAUUUCCCAAGGUCACCCCGGCUAACGUGAGUGGAGGAGGUGGCAGUCGAUCAGAGUUAGUCAUCACUUGGGAGCCCGUUCCCGAAGAGCUACAGAAUGGAGGAGGGUUUGGCUACGUUGUUGCAUUCCGGCCCUUUGGCGCCACCGGGUGGAUGCAAGCGGCGGUUCCUUCUGCAGAAGCCUCCAAAUACAUCUUCAAAAAUGAGACCAUAUUGCCCUUUUCCCCAUUCCAGGUUAAAGUAGGGGUCUACAACAACAAGGGUGAAGGGCCUUUUGGACCUGUAGUCAACAUCUACUCUGCUGAGGAGGAGCCUGGAAGGGCACCCACACGAGUCAGAGCCAAAAGCCUUUCAGCGUUUCACAUUGAGGUGUCCUGGAAAGCCCUUCCCUGGAGUACAAGCAAGAAACGAGUUCUCGGCUAUGAGUUGAGAUACUGGGAGAAGAAUGAGAAGGAGGACACAGCUAGUGUUGUAAGGACAGUGGGAAAUCAAACACUGGCUAUUAUUCAGGGGUUAAGAGGAAGCAGUAACUAUUAUAUAACAGUGAGGGCCUACAACACUGCAGGAACAGGGCCACCAAGUCCAGCAGUCAACGUUACCACUAAAAAACCUCCACCCAGUCAACCUCCUUUAAAAGUCAUGUGGAACACAUCAAAUUCCAAAAUCAUUCUGAACUGGGAACAAGUGAAACCACUGGAAAAUGAGUCAGAGGUCAUGGGGUAUAAGGUGCUUUACAAGCGGAACAGAUUCAGCAGGCCCAGCAUUAUGGAGACCAACACCACCUCAGUGGAGCUCUCUUUGCCCACAGAUGAGGAGUAUAUCAUCCAGAUCAAACCAUUUGGAGAAGGAGGGGAGGGCAGCAGCAGCCGACAGAUCACUAUUCCUAGAAUAUCAGGUCCCAAUGCUAUCGGCUCUGCAUCCAGUGUCUCCACUCUUUCAGCUCUCAGUACAAUAGCUCUUUCUCUCACAGCUCGCACAUCUUUAUGACAGAACACAGCGCGGGCCGCUGACUUCACACGAGAAGUUCUUCCUCGAGAGGAGACUCUGAGACAAGUGACUCGGAAUAAUAAUACUGGAAACUGGUGUGUGGUUUGGUCGCCAAUUCAAA